AUGGCUGAUUGUUAUAGAGAAGAACAUGAAUAUUUAGAAGCCCAAAAAUGUGUUAGUGAAGCAGAGAAAUUAGCUAAACAACUACAAGACGAAGCAAAGACUGCAAUAUGCUUGGAUAGGCGGAGUAACAUUAAACGACUUGAAGGCGAUCGUGAAGGCGCCUUGACAGGUUUUAAAGAUUCUCUUGAUUUGAAAUUGAAAUCGUUAGGAAGUGAAAAUAUCGAUGUUAGUGACUCCUACAAUUACAUUGGCGCUGUGUACACUAAUCAAGGCAAGUACGAUGAGGCUUUAAAAAUGUAUGAAAAAUCAGUGAAGAUGCGAUCGAGAAUUAAAGGCGAGAAUGAUCCAGGUGUUGCUACAUUACAUAAGAACAUAGGUAGUGUCUAUUAUAACCAAGGCAAGUAUAAUGACGCUCUAGCAAAGUAUAACGAAUCACUCGAGAUUAGACUAGCACAAUCGGAUAAAAAUUAUCUGAAGAUUGCAACGUUAUAUAACGAAAUUGCGCUUGUCUAUAAUGAUCAACGCAAGUAUGAUGACGCUCUAUUAAAGUAUGAAGAAUCGCUUAAGAUUAUACAAGAACAAGUUGGUGACAAUCAUCCGGACGCUGCUACGUUAUAUAACAACAUUGGGGGUGUUUAUGAUAAUCAAGGCAAGUAUGACGACGCUGUAUCCAUGCAUAAGAAAUCACUCGAGAUUUGGCUAGCAACAACUGGUAAUAACCAUCCGAGUACUGCGAAAUCCUACCGAGAUAUGGCAAGAAUCUAUCUUAAGCAGUCUAACUACAUUCAAGCUAUCGAAUUCUGUCAAAAAUCAUUCGAUAGUUUAUGCUACCUCUACGGAGAAAAUCAUCCUCUAGUCGUCAAAGAUAAACGAAUGCUUGACCAAUAUCGACUACUUGAAAGCGAGGCCAACACCUCAACAUUGCAAGACUGCGGUAAGUCUGAAUAG